GUUUUGCUUGUUUUUCACUCUUCCCGGGUGGAUGCCGCUGAAAUUGAAAACCUUAAAAUAUCAAUAUUCAGAAAUUUCGUACUGGCAAUCCAACCCCACAUAACUCAAUCCUCAGAUAAAACCAAUUCCCAACUCAAUAUCAUAUUCUGACUUCAGAACAUGAGUGAAAGUACCAGUAGUAGUAGAAGCUAGCUCGCAUUAUUUGUCCUCCACCAUCUUCUAUAAAUGGAUUUCGCUGCAAUGCAUGGGUGGCAGUGGCAUGCAUAUUAUUAAUGAUUUGAAGUUGAAAGCCAUGCAAGCUCCAGCUUCGAAGCCCCUCUCCUUUUCCAUCCUCCUCUCCUCCUCAUUGUUAUUAAUCUUCAUCUCCUCAUCUCUCCACCCCGCCCAAGCAGACCAACCCCUCCUCACACCCAUCCAAAAGGACACCUCCACCAACUUAUACUCUGUCUCAGCUUACCUCAAGACCCCUCUUCAACACACCAAUUUGCACCUCGACUUGGGAGCCUCCCUCACCUGGGUUGACUGCACUCGUCGCUACAAGUCCUCCACUUACCGCCACCUCCUCUACAACGCCUCCCUCUGCCUUGAGCUCGACACAGGCAUUUAUGGCAACUGUUUCAAACGACCCGGUCCCUCGUGCUUCAACGACUCCUGCGAAUUCUUCCCUGAGAAUUCCGUGACUCGGCAGGUUGCCAUAGGAGAUAUACUGCUCGACUCGCUUGCCUUGCCCGCCACUGACGGCCGAAACCCGGGCAAACUGGGCCUGGAUUCGGAUUUCGUGUUUUCUUGCGGUACAACCAAGUUGCUGAGGGGCUUGGCUAGAGGAGUCACCGGAUUGGCGGCUUUAGGCAGGUUCAAUUUCUCCCUGCCGGCUCAGCUCAGCCGAGCCUUCUCUUCUCCAUUGAUAUUCGCGAUUUGCUUGCCCAGUACGCCCUCCGCAAACGGCGCGGCUUUCUUCAACUCCGCUGGGCCAUAUUACUUCUUGCCCGGAAUUGACCUUUCAAAAUCGCUGAUUUACACUCCCCUCCUCUUAAACCCCUACGGCGGCACCGUAAUCACUUACCCUAACCGCCCAUCGGAUGAGUAUUUCAUUGGGGUGACUUCCAUCAAGGUCAACGGCAAUGCCGUGCCUUUAAAUAAGACCCUCCUUGCCAUCAAUCAAGAGAAUGGAAUCGGCGGGACCAAGGUUACGACUUCCACGCCAUACACCCUGCUGCACACCUCCAUUUUCAAGGCCUUCACGGCCGCGUUUGAGCAGGAAUCAGCCGCUCUCAACCUCUCCUCAAUAACGCCGGUGAAGCCAUUCAGUUUGUGCUACGAAGCGGACAAGAUAGCCAGCACGGGCGUGGGACCGGCUGUUCCCACCAUUGAUCUCGUGCUGCAGAGUGAUGAUGUGUUUUGGAGGAUCUUUGGCGCGAAUUCGAUGGUCAGCGUCAAAGUCAACGGUGUGGAUGGCUUGUGCCUGGGUUUCGUGGAUGGCGGGCCAAACCCCAGGACCUCAAUCGUGAUUGGAGGACAUCAGAUUGAAGACAAUCUGCUCCAGUUUGACCUGGUUUCCAAUAGGCUCGGUUUCAGCUCUUCCGUUCUGUUCCGGAGCACAACUUGCUCCAAGUUCAAUUUCACCACCAACAAAUGACUCCAAUAAUUCAUUCAUGAUGAAGCGCCCCUUUCUUUUUUUUUUUCUUCUAAAUAUAUAAUAAUCUGCUGUUUUAACAAUAAUGUACGUGUAUUUCCUCCUUUGCUGCUCGGUCAGCGUUCCUCCGUUAAUGAAUAAUCCUAUAAUUUAAAAUAAAUAAAUAAAAAGAACAAGACUUGUUUUGCUUUGCUCGUAAUUACUCGCCAUUAUAGAAUCAGUUCUUAACUGGAGUGCUCGAGGAAGUAUAUACACGGACAGAGAUAAGGUUUCGAUAAGGUUGUUUUACUUUCAAUCAAACUCUCCCAUCAGAUCAGCCUAAUAAAGAAGACUUCGUAAACAUA